AUGCACUACUGGAGGUGUGCUCUUGCCUGGGCUCCAUCACCAGGUAGCUCGUCUAGGCUGGUCCAUGUGGGUCACUCUGCUCCUUCCCAUGGCUGGGAGGUGCCCCCUCUAAAUAUAGCCCAGUGUGCUGAGCUCACGCCUAUUUUCAGCCCAGGUUGGGAGGCGGCCAGGCCUUCCCCAGGCUCUCAGCGGAGCCACUGCUGCCUCUAUCUGGUCCUGGUACUAGGCACUCCCAUCGACCCCCUGCCUGCCCAACACCCACCAUGCCAGAGGAGGCCCAAGAAGGGGAUCAGGAGCCAAAUGCCCCUUCUACCUCUUCUGAGCCCCUGCUGCCGCUGGACACCAUCUAGAAGGGAGGGCAUGACCCGCUGGCUGAAUCAGCCCCACGCUGCCCCUGCAGACACCGUGGCACCGACAAGGAGCAGGGCACCACUGGCUCCUAAUCAUGUGCAGGAGGUUCGCCUACACCGGGUGGAGUCCAUCAGCGAUCUGCACAGCGGAGGUUCACUGUGGCCCUACCUGGCCGAGGAGGCGCAGCCAUGGGAUGAGCUGCUGGGCAUCCUGCCUCCAUCGAUGUGUGCCCAGACCAGCUGCAGCCCCGCGCACAGCCGCGGCAGCUUCCUGCUGCUGCUGGCGCUGCUGGUGCUCACCUGCCUGGCGCUGGCUGUCCUGGCCGUCUACCUGAGUGUGCUGCAGAGCGAAUCCCUACGAGUGCUGGCGCACACACUGCGAACGCAGGAGGAAAUGCUGCUCAAACUCCGGCUCGCCAGCCUCAGCCAGCUGCGGAGGCUCAACUCGAGUGAGGCCCGAGCACCCAGUUGAGAUGCCACUUGGACCUGGGGCCUGGGGGUAUGUGUAGGGGGGAAUAAAGUGGCCAUUGGUAGCUUUCCCCUCUCCCACUACUGCUCCACAUUACUUCCUUGGUGAGGUUUUCAUAUAAGAGCCUGAUCUGACCCCGCAGCUGCCUGCCUUUCUUGCCUUCUCCAGAUAGCAGGUUCAGAAGUCUAAAAAUAGCUGCCCACCCUGGUCACCCAAACUCUGCCAGGCCUCCCAGUGGGGGGGGGGUCCAGCCUCAGCUCUCAAAAGACAGGCUGGGCUCUGAGUAGGGGGAGGAGGGCCCCUGGGGAGAGAUUAU